GAGUUAUUCGUACCGUUACCAGCGUUUCGAACGGCGGUUUGCCGCGAGCACCGCACCGCCGUCACGGCCAAGUCGGUCGCGCGCGGCACGUCAAUUCGCAUCACGGCCAUUUAGCGGCGUGCACCCGGCGAUGCAUUGUAGAGGAGGCGUCGGCGUUGCACGGAAACGGGUUGUUGGCCGGCGAUAUACAUGACAUCCGGUUCCCCGACCAGGUCAUACGCAGCCGGCGAGGGCGAGGCAGAGGCGCGGCGGCGGGCACGCAGCCAAUUUCGACCGGGUGCGGGAGAUGGUGCAGCGGUUCAUGACGAUUGUGGCGUACGACGGGCGGCCGUCGCCGAUGGAUUCGGUUUUGCGGUUGCGGGCGAGGCGCGGUUGCGGGGCGAAUUUUUCAGGGCGAGCGACGGGGUGGCGCGGUGGCAGAUGGGCCGCGUACGAGAGUAUAGCGAGGCGAUCAAGUCGUUCCGGGCGCAGUUGUUGGUGUUGAUGCACGUGAGCGGCGGGCAGCCGGCACGUGGGACCGAGUUGGUGUUCGGUGCAGUACAAGAACGGGCCGGACGGGGACGUGCGCGGGUUGUUCGUCGAGGACGGGGCGGUGGUGUUCGUGACGAUGUACAACAAGACGAUGGGGAUGAGCGCCAAGGCCAAGGUGAUCCACCGGUAUUUGCCGCGCGAGGUGGGCGAGUUGGCGGUGUAUUACGUGUGGUUGGCGAUCCCGUUUUGGCGGUUAGUGGUGCAGGGGGCCAGCCAGAGAGGCGGAUGGGGGCAGCCCGUACAUAUGGGAGCCGCGGGCGGACGAGCCAUGGUCGUUUCCCAGAUCGGGGUCAGCAGCAGCGGGAGACGAGGAUGGGCGGGUAGGCGGCGAUAAGGGGGCGGGCGGCAAACGGAAGAGGGCAGUAGGGAGUAACAGAGCCAAAAAACGGAGGCGGACGCGGUCAGCGGCGCGGUUGCCGGACCAGCCACACACAGCAGGCAGGGGUAGGGUCGGGGGAGGGGGAGAGGGAGAGGGAGAGGGAGAGGGAGAGGGAGAU